AAUUUCAUCAGGAGAAUGUCUCCUCGAUUUUCUCCAAUUCGCAAUCAUUCAUCUCAAUUCCCUCAUCUUCUACAUCAUAUUGGUGGCUGCUACAUGAACGUCACUGGAAGAUAAGAUGCCUCCGACCGCCCCGGGCAGUUUCCGCGACCAUCUUAAGUCCGACGAUGGCAGCUCCACCAGGAAGAGCAGCGGCAAGCGCUACGCUCCUCUACAAGAGUCCAUCCCUGAAGAAGAACGAAAUACCUACGAUGAUGAUUCAGACAGUUACUCCUCCGAUGAAACCAUCAAACUACGUCGCGUCGACCCCCGCGGCGCUGGUUCCGCCGCGAACAACUCCGCCGCCUACGUCCCCGCCGUCCCUGACGAUGGGAAUAUCGAGUCAUAUUUAGACAGUAUCGCCGAGGCAGAGCUGGAGCUGCUCUCUGCAUCGAAGCAUGAUUUUGAUGUCGAGGAUGAUGACGACUUUGAUAGUGAGAGUGAGGGAUAUACACGCCGCCGACGCCGGGAGCGACGACGGUCGUAUCUAGAGCGCGAUCGGUUGAAAGGGUGGCGGGGGUAUCGGUCUUCGAGAUAUUUCUGCCCGGCGCUGGUCGCCGUCAGUAUGGGAUUGAUAUUGCUGGUGAUUGGGUUUUUGGGGAUGGCGAGGUAUCGAUCGACGAAGAAGCCGAAAUAUCACAUGGUUGAUUCUGCCUCGUGGUUUCCGACCCCUCGUGGAGGAUCUUUGCAGCAUUGGGCGGAUAGUUAUGGCAAGGCGCGACAUAUGGUUGAGAAUAUGACGCUCAUUGAGAAGAUCAACAUCACCACUGGAACGGGCUGGCAGAUGGGACUCUGUGUUGGAAAUACGGGUUCUGCUGAGCACGUCAAAUUCCCUUCGCUCUGCUUGCAAGACGGACCUCAGGGUCUGCGAUACGCGGAUCACAUAACUGCUUUCCCUGCUGGUAUCACGACAGGCGCUACAUGGAAUCGGACUCUCAUCCGCGAGCGGGGAAACGCGCUGGGACGAGAGGCACGAUUGAAAGGUGUCAAUGUACUCUUGGGUCCGUCGAUUGGCGCGCUGGGAAUGAACCCCGCGGGUGGUCGCAACUGGGAGAGUUUUGGUUCGGAUCCUGUAUUGCAGGGAAUUGCUGCCGCGGAGACCAUCAGGGGUAUCCAGAGCAAUGGAGUUAUGGCAACGGCGAAACACUAUGUGAUGAACGAGCAGGAGCACUUCCGAAAGCCGUAUGAAUGGGGCUUGGAGUCUGCCUUGUCGUCAAACAUUGACGAUCGCUCGUUGCAUGAGGUGUUUGUGUGGCCAUUCGCAGAGAGUAUCCGGGCGGAUGUCGCGAGUAUCAUGUGCGCGUACCAAAUGGUGAACAAUAGUUAUUCGUGCGAGAACAGCAAAUUGCUCAACGGCCUUCUCAAGGAUGAACUUGGGUUUCAGGGAUUCGUGCAGUCUGACUGGCAGGCUCAGCGGUCUGGAGUCAACAGUGCUCUCGGUGGGUUGGAUAUGAGUAUGCCCGGGGAUGGUUUGCGUUGGGCAAAUGGUGUCUCCCUAUGGGGUGGUGAGCUCACCAAGGCCGUUCUCAAUACGACGAUUCCUAUUGAGCGAUUGAACGAUAUGGUUAGUCGUAUCGUGGCUGCUUGGUAUCAACUUGGACAGGAUAAAUGGGAGGAAAAGGUGCCCAACUUUUCCUCUUGGACCAACGAUCAGAUUGGCUGGUGGCAUCAUGGAAGCGAUAAAAAUGAAAACAGCACCUACGGUGAAGUGAACCGCUAUAUCAACGCCCAAGGAUCUGGAGAUCAAGACCAUUCAGUCACCGCCCGGCGGGUUGCCGCUGAAGGUACAGUGCUGCUGAAGAACGUGGACGAUGUGCUUCCCCUAUCUCGAAAGGGAUCCAAGCCAGGAGGCGUAUACCGAGUGGGUGUUUAUGGUGAUGAUGCCAGUCCAGCCGGCGGACCCAACUCGUGUCCCGAUAAAGGAUGUAACGCGGGCACCCUGGCGUCGGGCUGGGGUAGCGGUACUGUCGAAUUCCCGUACUUGGUAAGUCCGGUAGAUGCUUUGGCGGAGGCUUGGGAAGGCGAGAAUGUAGAAUUCUCCCCUUAUCUGCGCAACGGAGUCAUGCCUGUGGAUGCAGAGGACAAGGAUCUAUGUCUGGUGUUUGCGAAUGCGGACUCGGGCGAAGGAUAUAUCAGUGAAGGCGGGAACCACGGUGAUCGCCAGCAUCUCUUCUUACAAAAGGGUGGUGAUAGCCUGAUCAAAACAGUGGCUAGCCACUGUGGGAACGGGAAUGGAAAGACAGUGGUUGUGAUCCAUGCCGUCGGGCCGGUGGUGAUGGAACCGUGGAUUGAUCUGCCAGGUGUGGAUGCAGUUGUGCUGGCCAACCUGCCUGGGCAGGAGAGUGGCCACGCCUUGGUGGACGUGCUAUUCGGCGAUGUCGAUGCCAGUGGUCGUCUGCCGUAUACGAUUGGAAAGUGCAUCGAGGAUUAUGGCCCGAGUGCACAGGUUCUGUAUGAACCGAAUGCGCCAGUUCCGCAGGUCGACUUUAAGGAAGGACUAUACAUUGACUAUCGAUAUUUUGACCGAUACAACAUCACGCCGCGAUUCGAGUUUGGCUAUGGACUAUCGUACACGAAGUUUGCGCUGUCUGGCUUGAAGAUUUCCACCCUACGAUGGAAAUCGCGUCUGCCAUCAGCGCGACCAGUGGAUCCAGUGUUUCCCCCUGAGUACGACACCACAGCGCCGAACGAGUCGGUGCUAUUUCCCCCGGACUUUAACGCCGUGAACAAGUACAUCUACCCAUACUUGCCUACUUUGCAGGGCACCAAGCCAGGCCACUAUCAAUACUACCCCAAAGACUACAAACUACGUCAAGCACCAUCACCAGCCGGAGGCGGCGCCGGCGGCAACCCAUCUCUCUACGAAGAAAUCGCCGAGGUCAAAGUGACCGUAACCAACACGGGUGCUCGUGCCGGACAAGAAGUCGUGCAGCUCUAUCUCUCCUUCCCACCCAACGUCACCGAGGUAACUCACCCGCACAAACCAGCAAAAGCGGACAAGAACCAGCCGGCGCCUCCGCCCGUGGUAGAAGAGAUCGAAUUCCCCGUUCGGGUGCUACGCGACUUUUCCAAGGUGGCGCUGGAACCGGGGAAACGGCAGGAGGUGCGGAUGGCGCUGAGACGGAAAGAUCUGAGCUACUGGAGCGUCCGCGAGCAGAAUUGGGUGAUGCCUGAUGGAGAAUUUGGGGUUUGGGUGGGGAGGAGUUCAAGGGAUUUGGCGUUGGUGGGGAGUUUCUAAGACUGUAGCCGAUAUACUGAUGUCAUUGCUGUAUAAAUUGUAGAUAAAUAUAGACACCUCAAACAAUGUCUUGGAUACAUCAAAUGAAAGGUCAAAAAAUUUUCAACUCCGGCGUGCCCGAGUGCUAAAGGCGAAA